AAUGUAGAAGUCAGUCGUAAAGCGGUUACGAAUCGAGUAAGUCAAACGUUCGGAUUUCUGGGGUAUUCCCACCAUUGUUGUUUAUUGCGUGCCGUGAUAUUUACAAGUUGAAGCCAUUUUUGUCAUAAAGCCACACAUUGUUUUACGCACACACUCCGAUAAACAAAACGUCCUUUAAUAGGGCACUACCAAUAAGAUACACACACAUACAUAAUAAGACGAAUGUAUUUGAAAUUACACCGCUCAAGUGCCGCCAUAAAUACGUUGUCUCUUUAUCGUGUAGAGAAUUUUACACUGUCUUACAAAUGUUUGCCGGCAAAGAGCAGCAUAGUGACAAUUGUUAAUAAUCUUUUAAAAUCACCAAAAGCCGUUACAUUAGUUGAAAAUGAAUCUGUAAGGCGAAGGUUCUACUCUACUCUGUGUCUCAGUGAAACCAUCAAAAGCAAUAACAACAUCAUCUCCAAAUACCAAACAAAAAUACAAAAACAAUUUGCCAACAAACAAACCACCACAACAGAGCUCAACAGGUUUCACAUUACAAAUACAAGUGCAGCGUGGUGGUAUUGUCGUCGACCUCACAAUUUCAUUGGGAAUAAUUCUACAAGGUCGUUACGUCAUCACAGCCGACAGCAACAGUUGCCACCACCACCACCAUUAUAUCAACAACAACAACAACAUCUUUUAUAUCCAGCUUCUCUGCCGCUUAACCGACCACAGACACGUUCUCUCAAUAUGGGGUCAGCAAAUUGCAAAGAAUAUGUUACCACAAAUGAUGCCUGCUCCAAUCGGCCUGAGAACGAAAAUGGUACCACUGGUUCUGGCCUUUAUCAGUCUACCUGCGAAGCGAAAAUGGUUGAUGACUACACUGAUCCGGUGGCCGUGUGCAAUGUCGGCGAUUUGCAGGAGCACGAAAUGAAACAAUUCCAAUUCAACGAAAACACCAAGGUGUUGGUCGUGAAGCAAAAGGAUCAAAUCAAAGCCAUUGGCAAUAAGUGCACUCAUUAUGGGGCUCCUCUGCACACGGGCGUCUUGGGAGAUGGCCGCGUGCGUUGUCCUUGGCAUGGCGCUUGCUUCAGCAUCGAUAGUGGUGAUAUUGAAGAUUUUCCUGGUCUCGAUUCAUUGCCUUGCUACAAGGUGGAGGUGAAAUCUGAUGGUCAGGUUAUGGUAAGGGCCAAGCGUAAGGAUUUGGAGAAUACGCGGCGUUUAAAGGACAUGGUCAAGCGGGAUCCUAAAGAUAAUCGUUGCUACGUAGUGGUUGGCGGUGGUCCUGCAGGAGCUGUUUGUGCCGAAACAUUGCGUCAAGAAGGUUUUACCGGCCGCCUGGUCAUGGUGUGCAAGGAACAGUAUUUACCCUAUGAUCGUGUUAAGGUUUCCAAAGCCAGCGAUGUUCAAAUUGAGACUUUACAAUUCCGCAAGCCUCAAUUCUAUGAGGAAUACGAUAUAGAAACCCUCAUGGGUGUGGCUGCCACCAAACUGAGUUGCGAGGAGAAGAUCCUGUAUCUUUCGAAUAAUACCACAGUGACAUAUGAUAAAAUCUUCAUAGCAACUGGUUGUUCGGCCAGCAAGCCUUCAAUUAAGGGUUCGAAUCUAAAGGGUGUCAUGGUCGUACGCGAGUAUGAUGAUCUAAAGGAGAUCAAUAAACUUAUUACACCAGAGAGUAAUUUGGUGUGUUUGGGUUCGAGCUUCAUAGCCCUGGAGGCAGCACAGAGUUGGGGUAAAAAAGCCAAAUGUGCUACUCUAAUCUCACGCACUGAAUUCCCUUUGAUGGCCACCUUUGGAGCGGUAGUGGGUGAACGUGUUUUGCGUUUAUACAAAGACCAGGGCAUUCAUACCGUCAUGAACAGUGGCAUUGUGGAGAUAUUGGGUGAUGAUAACAACAACGUUACCGAUGUUAUACUCAAGGAUGGUACGAAAUUACCCUGUGACAUACUCAUCAUGGGCACCGGUUCCAAAUUCAACACAGACUUCCUUAUUGGCUCUGGUCUGCCAUUGAAUCACAAUGGUUCGAUUGACACCGAUCUGUAUCUCAAGACAUUGGUCGAUGAUGUCUAUGUGGGUGGUGAUAUUGCCAAUGCCCCAGUGUACUCGCACAACCAGGAACGUGCCGCCAUUGGCCAUUAUCAAUUGGCGCAGUAUCAUGGCCGCAUUGCCGCCCUCAAUAUGGUGGGCAAAACCACCGAGGAGUUACGUGCUGUGCCUUUCUUCUUUACCAUGUUAUUUGGCAAGGGUUUCCGUUAUUCCGGAUAUGGAAAGUAUAACGAUGUUGUCAUCGAAGGAGAUUUGGACAAUUUGAAAUUUGUUGCCUAUUUCUUGGAUGGAGAUGAUAAAGUUGUUGCUGUUGCUUCGUGUGGUCGUGAUCCCAUUGUUGCUCAAUUUGCAGAAUUGCAAAGUCAAGGAAAAACGCUGCAUCGCAAAGAUUUGGAGGAUCCAAGUGAUCCGGUGGCUUGGACCAAGAAAUUGAAGCUUGUGGGCAAAUGUAUUUAAAUUUUCAUAGUUUUUAAGGCUUCUCUGUGUAUGUUUGACUGUAUGUGAUGCGUUUUGUAAAAUGUUAACCAACUGCUUUGUUUGAACGAAAAACUAUUCUACAUUUAUAUGUAUAAAAAUAAAAUAUAUAUAUUAUUUAUAUUAAAUUACCUAUCUAUUAUAUUUUGUACAAUUUUAAAUUUAGUUGUCAAUAAAAUUGAUUUGCGAAUAAUA